AUGAAAGAGCCCCGGCCCCAUACCAGAGAGCGACCUGCCCCCUGGACACGAGCCCAGCUUCUGUCCCGAGGGCGGGGGACUGGUCCCAUGGGGGCAAACUCAGCUCCCUUCCCAAGAGGGGCUGGUCCCAUGGGGGCAAACUCAGCUCCCUUCCCAAGAGGGGCUGGUCCCAUGGGGGCAAACUCAGCUCCCUUCCCUAGAGCAUCCGGACUCUUGGGCACAAUCCCAGCUACCAUCCAGAGGGGGGUUGAACUCCAAAACAUGAGCCAGGAUCUCCUGCCAAGGCCUGGUGGCCUCUUGGGUACAACUCCAGCUCCCAUGCCAGGCGGGGCCAUGUGCUUGGGCCAGAACUGUGCUCCUCGCACAAGGGGGACCCGACCUCAAGACACAAGUCAAGCUCCCUUCCCCAGGGCAGGUGGCCUCUUGGGCAUUAGCCCGACUCCCAUCCCAAGGGGCACUGGAGCCCUGGGCCCAAACCCAGCUAUCUUCCCAAGGGCAGGUGGCCUCCUGGGUGCUAGCCCAGCUCCCACCUUGCUGGGAACUGGAGCCUUGGGCCAAAGCCCAGUUCCCCUACCAAGGGCAGGUGGGCUCCUGGGCCCAAGCCUAGUUCACACCCCAAGGACACGUGGCCUCCUUGGCACUAGCCCAACGUCCACCCCCAGGGGCAUGGGUGCUGUGUUCCAGAACCCAGCUACUCUUCCAAGAGCAGGUGGGCUCCUGGGCCCCAGCCCCGCUCCUGUCCCUAAAGCAGGUGGCCUCCUAGGGACUAGUCCGGCUCCCAUCUCAAGGGGCACCGGAGCCCUGGGCCCCAGACCAGGUCCCGUCCCGACAGCAAGCGGAGCCCUGGGCCCCAGACCAGGUCCCGUCCCGACGGCGACCGGAGCCCUGGGCCCCAGACCAGGUCCUGUUCCUAGGGCAGGUGGCCUCCCGGGCCCCAGCUCAGCUCCCAUCUCUAAAGCAGGUGGCCUCCUAGGCACUAGUCCGGCUCCCAUCUCAAGGGGCACUGGAGCCCUGGGCCCCAGACCAGGUCCCGUCCCGACGGCAAGCGGAGCCCUGGGCCCCAGACCAGGUCCCGUCCCGACGGCAAGCGGAGCCCUGGGCCCCAGACCAGGUCCCGUUCCUAGGGCAGGUGGCCUCCUGGGCCCCAGACCAGCUCCCAUCACAAGGGGCACUGGAGCCCUGGGCCCAAGUCCAGCUCUAAUCCCCAAGCCAGGUGGUCUUCUGGGUCCAAAUCCAGCUCCCAUCUCAAUGGGAACUGGAGCCCUGGGCCCAAGCCCAGCUCCCAUCGUAAGGGCAGGUGGCCUCCUAGGCCCGAGCCCGGCUCCUAUGCCGAGGGGGACUGGAGUCCUGGGCCUGGGCCCGGGCCCGGCUCCGGCUCCCAUGCCGAGGGGGACUGGCCUUUUCACCACUAGACCAGCUGACAGCCUAUCUAUGAAUCCAUUCCCCUUUCCCAGGGAAGGAGGACCCUCAAGUGCAACCCCAGCUACCAUUGCAGGGAUUGGCUCACCCUUGCGCAUGAAUCUGGCUCCCAGCGCAAAGACUGGUGGCCUCCUAGGUAUGACCCCAGCUCCAGUUCCAAGAACAACUGGCUCCCUGGGCAUGAACACCGCUCCCAUCACACAGGGGCCUGCCAUGCUGGACACUAGACCUACCGGUCCCCUGGGUCAAUCUCCCUUCCCUGGGGCAGCUGGUCCCCAGAGUGUGAACCGGACUCCGUUCCCCAGGGUGGGUGAGCCCCAGAGCAUGAACCCUGUCCCCUUCUCCAAAGCAGCUGGCCCCCUGGGGCCAAACCCAACUCCCUGCCCCAGGCCAACUGGCCCCCUGGGGCUAAACCCAACUCCCUUCCCCACGCCUGCUGGCCCCAUGGCUGUGAACCCAGCUGUUCUCUUUCCUAAUGGGACAUUGUCAUCUCCCAUUAAUAACACAGCCAGGCUGCGAUGGUGCUGAUUCUCUCCUGACCCCCUACCCUGGAGAGAAGAUCAAGAGUGCAGCCAUACUCCUGCCACCUGCCUUGCCAACAAACAAGGACCUAGCACAGUCUCAGCUUUUCCUAGAGCCUUGCUGGGUUCUGGACUCCAGGGGUUCGUAGGCCAGCAGCCCCUCGUCCUCCUAGAUGUGGUGGAGCACUGUGUUUGGGUGACGCACUCCUCAGGGAAUGCAGAUCUCAGGCCCAGUGACUCCAGCACUACCACCUUGCUGCACAGCAGGGAAUCCAGGAGGCCCCAUCUCGGUCUGGCCGUAGUGCUCGGAACUGGAACAAUGAGCCACAGGAGCCUGUUCUGAAGCAGGCCCCUUGGUGUAACCCCGACCACGCCGCUGCUGCUGGAGACGGCAGGUGGCAUCACCUUUCCUGCUCAGCCAGGAGCCAACUGACCUUUUGUUCUGGGUUUGUGUUCCUUUUUCCUGCCCCUUGAAUAAAAGUGACAGGAGGUCAGUGGGCCUGCACUGGCUCCUAUGUCAUCCCAGUGCCACAGGAACAGCAACCCUGCCUCAGCCAGGAGGGACAGGGCCACGCUGGACACUGAACCCUUGUUACUGCAGCAUGGAGCAGCUGCUAUUCAGCUACUGGAGUAAACCCUUGGGAAUUCUGCCCCCCUUGGACCCCUCCAGGGCAAGGCUGGGGCGGAAGUGGCCCUGCCUGGGUGGCAGGAGCGUAGGCUGAGGUGGCCCUGCUGCUCAUGAACAUGGCCCUGGGGAAGGCACUCAGUUACCAAGCCAGGCUCCUGGCAGAGCUUCUCUGGCCAUGGGUGGGGACUCAGUUCUAGGGCCAAGAGGGCAGCUGCCCCCCCAAGAUACUCCCCCAGCCUUCCUGUGUGCAAAUCUCUUUAUUAUGACAAAUCCAUUGUGAUAUAAAAACCGACCUUUUAAAAAAAUGAAAAAAUGCAGGUAAAAAAUAAAUAGAUUUACAAACAA